CAUGUUGUCAAGGGAAAAAGAAAAUGAAAGAAGUGCGUAUUGAAGAAAAUUGUAGUGCGUAUCAAGAUGUUGACACUAAUCCAUCUGAAGUUGCCUAUAAUAAAAUAAAAGGCAUCAAAGUGAAAGAAAAAGUCACCUACAAGUCGAGCAAGAGGCCAAGAAGUGCACUGGAAAUGGCUACUAAGAAACGCAAGUACAAGGUGAAAGAGAAGUCUUCAUCGAAAAAAUUACAGGAAUUUGGAAAUAAUGUUGUUCAUUCAAGUAUGGAUUCUGCUACAAUUCAAGGUUUUGUUCGAGAAUUACCACCCCAGCAGGAAUUUGGAAUUCCAAUAGAAGACAUUUACAAUAGGCGAAAUCCUAAAAACAUGACACAAUUAUUGCAAACGUUGGACCCUAACUUCUACCAAGGCUAUGAUUUGAUGUCUUCAAGUUCAAUAGCACACCAGCAGCGUCAAUGAGUUUUGUCCAAGCACAAGAACUGGGAAAUAAUGAUGAUAGUGAUCAACAAGUUGCUAAACAUGAAUGAUCAGGGCAAAAAUCUUGGAUGGUGUGAAGUUAUACAUUUAUACACCUCGGAAUCUAUCCACUCUUUUCUUUCUGUUCCCUUGUAGAAGAGGGAUCAUAGAUUUUUAUACACAUUCCAUUUUUUGUUUUCCUCUUUCUGAGG